AUGGCCAUCACGAACGCACAGUGGACGCAGCUGGCUUCAGCAGAUCGCCUUCGUCGAUCCUCGCAGGCGGUCUCUGUUGUCGGCCCUAAGAUCUACGUUUUUGGUGGCGAGUUGGCACCAAGAAAGCCUGUUGACAACUUGUUCGACAUCUUGGGCGUCAAGCAGCCGGCGCUGAAGACGGUGGAAGCCGGUUCAGGCACUGCACCUUGCCCUCGCGUCGGCAGCCCAAGCGCCACCAUCGGACACAAAAUCUACCUCUUCUCAGGCCGCGGAGGCAUUGAGAUGCACCCUGUCGAAGAGGACGGGGCAUUGUGGGAAUAUGGCACGACAGAAAACACCUGGCAGCUUAUCAAGCCGACGGAUUCCCAGGCUCCCUUUCCCGUUGGUAGGAGCUACCAUGCGAUCACAUCAGACGGCAACAGAACGAUCUACGUUCAUGCUGGGUGUCCUGAGACGGGCAGGCUCUCGGACAUGUGGGCGUUUGAUGUUCAGGAAAAGAGCUGGCGCGAGCUGGCUUCGGCCCCGGAGCCUACGAGAGGUGGCACUUCAAUCGCCCAUGUCGGAGGCAAAAUCUAUCGUGUAGGAGGAUUUGAUGGCAAGACCGAGCAGGGCGGUGCUCUCGAUAUCCUGGAUGUUGGUCAAAACAAGUGGGCUGCGAUCAAUUACACUGCAGACAAUGCCCAAGGCCCUGAACCAAGGAGUGUCGCGGCACUGCUGGCAGUCGAGUCCAAGUACCUCAUCUCCUUGUUCGGCGAGCGUAAUCCGAGCUCUCUUGGUCAUGCAGGCGCGGGCAAGAUGCUGGGCGACGUGUGGGCCUGGGACAUUGAGGGGGCCACCUGGCAGAAGAUCGAGCCUUCAAUCGCCGGCGAGGCGGCACCUGCACCUCGCGGGUGGUUCGACGCCGAUAUCUCCCAGAAUGACGGCGAGGCCCCCACACUCAUUGUUCAUGGCGGGCUCAGCGAAGACAAUGAGAGGCUGGGUGACGUGUGGAUGUUGAAGUUUGCGCGGGAGUAG